AUGAUGGAUGCUUCGGAAAAAGAAUCACCUGGUAGCAUAUAUAAUGCCUGUAAUGAUCAGAUGAAUAAUUCAUUGGGUAAUGUCAACAAUGAAGGUGUGAUAUCAACAAAUAACCUUUUUAUUUUCUUUAUCACUACGAAUCAUUGCAAAUCAGAGAAAAUUCGAAAAGUAAUUUUUCACAGUCACAGAGAUGAUUUUAUCAUUGACAUCGAUUUGCUUAAAGAAUAUUCCAAAAAAAUUGAAAAGUUAGAACGUGAUGGUAAAGUACCGAAAAGAUUGGAUUUAUCAAAUUACGAUGUGGUAGCAGUAGCAACUUUAGUUGAUUAUAUGAUAAAUGGUGGCAAUACUAAGGCUCGAAUUACAAGUUCGAUUCUUGGCGAUAUGACAGAAAUUGCCCGUAUUUUAGAAAUGGAAUCUUUAUUGAAAAAAAUUGAAGAAUUUAUUUUAAUAUCGGUAACACAAAAUGAACAAUUCUUGGUGCAUACAUUAACAAUGAUUUGUGUGCAAAUAUUAUUGGAUACAUCGUUAGGAAGAAAAGUUAUUGAUAUUGCUGUUAAUAAAUUUCCGAUUAUCCGGAAGAUGGCAUCUUUUAGUGAUAUUCCACUUGAUGCAAUUCUUCGUAUUUUGGAUCGAUGUGACUUAAAUAUAAGCAAUGAAUAUGAUGUCGUAGAAGCAAGUAUUACAUGGUUAGCUGCUAAACCGGAACGUGUUCAUUUUUCUCAUUUGGUAUUACGUUGCAUACGCAUUGUUAAUUUGACGCCUGAUCAACGUUUUGAUCUAUUUACGCUUAUCGACAAUAUGUCUAAAUAUGCACAAAUAAUGUCAGCAUUUGCUCAUUAUACUUUUAAUAAUACCAACUCUCUUCGAGUAUGUGUCUUAACCGAACAUAACUCAUACAAACGAUGUGGCAAUAGAAGCAGUCAAGCACAAUUUCUUAUUAGAGUACCAAGUCGAAAGAUUGUAUAUCGAAGAAAAGCACCACCUGUUAAAGCAUCCUAUAUUACAGCCAGACCAAGUAAUUAA